AUCCAACGUGAAUGAACUGUUAAUGCCGGGAUUAAGUGUUAUUAUAGAUUUGUUUUAAAAAAUAUUUGUAAAAGUAGACUGUAAAAGUAGAGUAUUCAUUGUUAUAUACAUGACAAAAAAUAAAAAUAAAAAAGCCCUAUAAUAACACAAAUCAUUAAAGAUAAAUAAAUGGGUAACAGAAUCGAAAUAAUCCGGUCUUUCUUUUAAAACUGAAAUGCAUGAGAUAAAAAAGUAAGCUUUAUUUUGCAAAUAGUUUAUGUGUUACUCUAUUUUUGCAAAUAUUUUUCGAAACAGGCCUACUAUAACACUUCAUCCGUUGGCGCCGUCUUCUCCGCUGUAAAAGUAAAAAGCAUCUUGAACUGAUAAAUUUGAUAGUUUGGGCAUAGAAGGGUUGAACUUUGAAGCUGUCACCAAGUUACGAAGCCGUGAAGUAAGAGUGGAGGGAGGGUGAUCGCGGUUCCGGCUAUAUACACAUUAUCGAUCCACUGACAUCAGAAAAUGGCAUGGAGUGCGACGAUGAUCGGAGCCCUUCUGGGCCUCGGCACUCAGAUGUACUCCAAUGCUCUCCGUAAACUCCCUUACAUGCGCCAUCCUUGGGAGCAUUUGGUCGGAAUGGGACUGGGAGCCGUCUUCGUCAAUCAGCUGGUCAAAUGGGACGCUAAGCUCCAGGAGGACCUUGACAAGAUGCUCGAUAAGGCCAAAGCCGCCAACGAGCGCCGCUACUUUGAUGACGAUGACGAUUGAUUGGAAGGCGCCCUAUGCAUUAUGCCCUUUUUUUAUAUGAAGUCAUCUGUGUUUUUUUUUUUUUUUGAUUUUUUUUUUUAAAAUAGAAGUCACCCUUGUUUACAGAGGAUGAGGUCUUGUUGGCCCUAUUUCUCAAUUAUUGACACACUUUUUUGAAAUAUUUUGACAUUCCAAGUUUUUUGUUGGCUAUUCCUUUGUUUCUUCUGUUUAGCAACUUAAUAGGAAGGAGGGUAAUGUUUGAGGUCUGUAAUAAUAAGGGAUUUGCCAUUUGUGUAAUAAUACAUGCUACUACUCUCUCUCUUCAAGUCUUAA